AUGGCAAACUUCGAGCGCGAGUUCCAUUGCAAGGUUCAUAUCUUACGCACCGAUGGAGGUGGCGAAUGCAAGACACUCGAUAUCUUCUGCUCUUCGGAAGGCGUCUUGCGUCAAGUUAGCGAGGCGAAAAACCAAGCAAGCAACGGCAAGGCUGAACGGAUGCACCGCACCGUCAUGAACAUGGUGCGGAGUAUGAUCUUUGCAUCAAACCUGCCGCUCUCAUUUUGGGGUGAUGCUGCAGAGUACGCCUCGUACAUACUGAAUCGAAACAAAACCAAGUCCAACCCCGGAUGUGCAUCGCCCUUGGAGAUCCUGACAGGCAAGGCUCCCGUGCUGACAGACAUUGUGGCCUUUGGUUCAACAUGCACUGCGCACAGAGACCCAAAGAACAAGUCACUCGGUGAACGAGGCAAGGCGGGCAUCGUCAUUGGGCGAGGCAGCGAAACGAAGGGAUACAAGGUGUACAUCCCAGUGGAUAAGGUGGUCGUGGUGACUCAACAUGUUCAAAACAUUGAAGCACCACAGGAUGACCAGGAUGAGAGAAAGACCUGUCUAGACCACCACGACGUCAGGAGGAGCCAGGCCCUGAUCAUCAGGCAGAUGAAGAAGAUCGGCAAGAUGGUGUGA